AUGGAUAGACUGACAAGACUACCAACAUUGAUUCUGACAGAAAUCUUUGUUCAACUCGAAAAUGAGUCCAGCAUCAAAGGCCUAAUCAGGGCAUAUCCUUCUAUGCUUUCGAUUUACUACCGUUACGAGCAAGGCAUCUUGACGAGAAUAUUGGACAAUCUGCUUGCCGACGAUGUGACAGGAAAGAUCGAAAAGGAUGCAUUGGCAAUCAUCGAGUUCUCCAACCGCGAUGGAGAUUUCUACUGGCAAAUCUGUCGCCAUGGGUUCCAAUUAAAAGAUAUGUGGUUUCCGGAAUGGCCAGAUCCCCCCACGCGUGGCGAUCUUCGACAACUUCAUCGCUUUCUCAGUCGAAUUAUCACGUUUAUCGAAGACUAUGUCUCAAAGGCAACCAGCGAGUAUCCUCCUCGCGCUUACCUCGGCCUCCCAGAUCUUGAGACAGGCAACACCAGGUUCAGAGGAAACUUGCUAGAUACCAGAAUGGUCCGAUUCAUCAACUUGACAUGCGAUGAACGUUAUCGUUUGUUACGCCACUUUGUCAGAUACGAGUUUCUCUGCAAACUUCACAAUGACGACUAUAUCGGAGAAAUUGCUCCCCGCAGGUUUCGCAAGUUCAACAAGUUUGGAGCACGCAACGAACUAGAUGCAAGGUUAUUGCUGUCUGUGCAUAAAUACUAUGUCAGCUUGUAUGGUGCACUGUUUGCGCAUGUCGGAGAUGCAUGGCUUCCCCCUGUGCCAAGAUGCUCGUCAGCCCAGGGAGUUACGAACGAUUCUGCGCCGCAUUAUCGCCCGCUAAUGUAUCCUGACAAUCUGUUAUUUGAUGCAGAUGAAUAUAUGGCACAGAUACACUGCUAUGAUACUGAACUACUUGACGCCAUGGCCGGUCAUGGCCUGGACUUACUCACACGUGUUCUUAGACGUUCAAAAACUGAAACAGAAGAAGGGAAAACAUGCGUCAAGGCCAUGUUAAAUGCGUAUAAGAACCCAGAGGAUGAAUAUACCGGACCUUGGAUAAAAAUGUACUACGAGGAACGUGGCGACGAGGCGCUCUUUGCCUAUCCAGAGCUUAUAACGCCUUCUACCGUUUUCCCUGAGCCCCUGUCUGAAUCCUCUCUUCAAUGCCUAAACGCAUUUGUCUAUUCUGACUUUUGGCAUGACAGUAAUGCCGAACUAAGUCAUGUUUCACACAGACUGCAAGUAGAGAUAUGGACACAGCGAGGAUGGGGAUGGUUCGACGACGAAAGGCUUUAUUCCAAUCCAUUCUUCCACUUCCCAACGAUUGAACAUCUCUUCGACAUAGAAACUUCCCGUUCGAUACUUCGCGAAGCGAUGUGGAAAGUUCCUGAGAAAAGACUAUUACGGAGACAUGACAAAAUAAUGGACCAAAUAAUGGCCCAAAAACUCGAUCGGACCCGACGAAGAUCACAGCUUUGGCAAGAUUACUGGGCAGGGACACGUGCUACAUAUCCCUUGAGUAGGUUAUAUCCUAACAGGCAGGGGUUCAGAUUCUUCAAUGAUAAUCCAGUGCCUCCGCGGCUACCCUUUAUCUGGGGAGACUCCAGGGAUUGGGAGUAA